GUAGAAAUUUGUUCGUCCCUGUUUCCAUCCAGUUGGUCUCUAAUCUGCUGUUGAAGCGUUAACUUCUUUCCCAACUUCAGAACACUUGUCACCAGUGCGUUCUCGACCUCUUGUGGCCGCCAACGAGCCCCUUUAUGCCGUCCUCGGCACCGACGAUGAGCUUACUGCUAGGGCCGUCUCUUCAACUGCCGUGGUGGGGUACACGGGGGUACAUCGUACCGGUGCCUGCGGGAUGCGGGCCCAAAGGGAUUCUGAGCAAAUAGGAUUUAAUAUGCUCGCCGAGUGUCGUCUUCUUGUGCAAUUUUCCGCUUCGGCUUCUUAACACGGAGAUCAACGCCAGUUCUCUUAAGGACCAACAGUCGGCGCCCUCGAAAACGUCCCCGUUGCUCACCUACCGCUCUUUUCCACUCAUUACACACGAUCACAAUGGUGCUUCCUCCGGGUGUCUACCGGGCCGACCAUGUUGGGUCGUUCCUGCGGCCGAAGGCUGUACAUGAUGCUCGCGAAGCCGUUGCUCACGAGAAGUCAACCAUGACCGAGCUUCGCAAGGUGGAGGACGAAGCCAUUGCAGACGUAGUCUCCAAGCAACUUGAGAACGGCUUACUCUCCGUAACCGACGGCGAAUUCCGACGAGCCUAUUUCCACAUCGACUUCCUCCAGCACUUGGACGGUAUCGAGCGCAAGGGACAAACCGGCAUGAUUCGGCCAUAUGGAUUCUCGCCGCCUGUGCUUUCCGUGACAGGGAAAUUGGGCCACCCGAAACCUAUUCAGGUCGACGACUACAAAUUCCUUCAGGAGACGAUCACGAAGCUCGGCAGCAAUGCCACUCCCAAAGUGUGCAUUCCCAGCCCUACCAUGGUGCACUUCCGCGGCGGACGCGCAAGCAUUGAUAUCGAGGCAUAUCCCGAUCUCGACGUCUUCUUCGACGACCUUGCGCGUGUGUACCAGGAGGAACUGGCUUCCCUCUACGAGGCUGGUGCCCGCUUCGUCCAACUCGACGACACGAACCUGGCAUACCUCUGCGAUCCCAACAUGCGCGCCGAGGCCGAGAAGGAGCGCAACGAGGAUGUUUCGGCGCUGCCCAAGAAGUACGCCGCCCUGAUCAACGCCGCUAUUUCCAAGCGCCCCGCAGAUAUGAAGAUUGGCAUCCACCUCUGCCGAGGCAACUAUCGCAGCAAGUGGUUCGCGUCAGGCGGAUACGAUCCCGUUGCCGAGGUUCUGUUCAAGGAUUUGAACGUCGACGCAUACUUUCUCGAAUACGACGAUGCUCGCAGCGGAGAUUUCGGUCCACUCAAAUAUCUCCCUCCCAACAAAGUCGUCGUUCUCGGUCUCAUGUCAAGCAAGAAGAGGGAGCUUGAUGACAAGGAGCACAUAAUAAAGAGGCUGAAGCAGGCAGCCGAGAUUGCCCCUCAAGGUCUGGAUCAGCUGUGCCUGAGCCACCAGUGUGGUUUCAGCUCGACGGUGGAAGGAAACGAUCUCACCGAGGACGAGCAGUGGGCGAAGAUACGACUGGAGGUGGAGAUUGCGAAGGAGGUCUGGGGUGAGGAUCUGAGCAAAUAGGGGUUUGCGGGCGUUGUGUAUAGGGG